CGAGACCAACGGCGCCUCUUGAAAGCAGCAUGAAGCCACCGCAGCGGCGGCGGUCGGCCCCGGCGCGCUAUCUAGGUGAGGUAACCGGCCCUGUGCCCUGGAGCCUUCGUGAGAAGCGCCAGCUACUGCGACUACUGAUGACGCGGCGGGGCCAGCCGGAGCCCAGCGCAGCCGAGUUGGCCAGGGAGCUGUGGAGCCGGAGCGAGGCUGAGAUCCACGACUUCCUGCAGCACCUCAAAGGCCGAGUGGCCCGCGAGACCAGUCAGAGGGUGCAUGCAGGUGGCCCUCAGGGUCCAAGGCGCUCACAGGCGCAGAUCCUGGCCCCCAUUGAGGUGUGGACGGAUCUAGCCAAGAAGAUAACAGGCCCGCUGGAGGAACCUCUGACGGCAGCCUUCUCUCAGGCGCUCACCAUUGCAGCCACAGAACCCCUCAGUCUCCUGCGCUCCAAGCCCCCGAAGCCUACAAAAGCCCGAGAAAAGACACUGCUCUUGAGCGCCGCCAGAGGGCAGGAGGACCGCACCCCUGAGGCCUCGGGUCCUAUCGCUGAGGUUCCUGGCCCCACACCCACCCUAGUGGCCUCUGGUCCCUCCCCUAAUGUCUGUGACCUCUCCUUUGGCCCUACACCUGAUGUCUCUGUGGUCCCUACCCCAGUGCCCUUUGGUUCUGUCCCUAAGGCUUCUGGCCCCGCCCCCGAGGUCCCCGGGCCUGCCCCUAAUGUUUCUGGCCCCGUCCCUGAGACCCGAAGCUCUGCUCCUGAGGCACCUGCUGAGUCCCUGGCAGGCCUCCUCCCUGAGGGAGACUUCACCGUGGACUUCGAGAAAAUCUACAAGUACCUGUCUUUCUCCUCCCGGAGUGGCCAGGGCCCAGAGCUCUCUGGAGCUGAGUCAGCUGUGGUUCUUGACCUGCUCCUGUCACUCCCGGAGGAGCUGCCCCGCCUCCCCUGCACAGCCCUAGUUGAGUACUUGACCGAAACCUAUGACCGCCUGAUGGCCCCAGAGCCCAGCCCCUCUGGUGGGUGCCCUGGGCCCGGAGCUGAGAACGAGGGUACUGAUGCCAGUGUGCGUGAGGAGCCCGGCCUGGCCUCGCCUGGGUCCCCUGAGCACAGUGUGCCAAGUGCAUUGAGAUCGAACUGGCAAGCAGCAGGUGUCUGCCCUCUGAACCCAUUCCUCGUGCCCCUGGAGCUCCUGGGCCGGGCGGCCGCCCCUACAGUGUGAGGGCAUGGCAGUGGCAGAUGCAGAGCCCUGGACCCCAGGCUGGCACUGGAUUGUUGAGGACAAUCUUGAAGGUGGAUGAAGGACCCAGUUGUCAGCUGCAGGUGCAGAACUUGGAUGCUGCAUGCAGGGGGUUGGGAAGUGGAACACCAGUGGUGCAGGCUUCCCAGGGGCAGCUGGGCAGCUGGGUCAUAGGCCCGGGCAUCAGGCGACAGAUGGGCUGGUCCCCAAGCCCAGCUGUGAUUGCUCUCUGCUUUUGGGGAGCAGAGCAGCACCCCCACGCACCUGUGCUUGGGCGUACCCCAUCUUCUUUCACCUUUCUUGCACCUGGGGGCCCGCUGCAGCUGACUGCGCCUUGCCAGGCCCCUCCCGGACUCCCAUCCAUCAUCUGGAAUAAAGUUCUCUCUACUUUC